UACGGCGGGAUGUAUAUAAUCAUCACCAAAUAAAUGGUUUAGGUAGAUUGCCGAAGAAUGCUAGCCUUAUUCAGGCUUGAGACAACAAUAGGAUUAUUAUUGUUCCUCCCUGCUGAUAAUGCUGGUAGCAACGUGAACGUGGGUUCAAUCAUGUAAAUGAAAGACGAGGUUUCCUAUAGCUUUAUCGGCAGAACUUUGACAUUGGAAUUUGAAUUUCCAGCAGCAAAUAAAAAAGCGUAGUCAUACCCGCUAAGUAAUUACGUGAUGGCGUGUACUGUUAGUUUUUAUUAUAUUAAUCAAAGAGACUCAUUUAUAGUAUUUUGAGACACUGAAUUUACUAUGACUGACCUCUUUGAUAAGAAGCCCGAGUUUUGGACCUCGUCUAAUGAAAAGUUGCUGACACCUACUGUUGCAAAAAUCUGUACCCAGCCCGCUUCAGAAGCCAAAAGUACAGUCACCGAUGGGGAACUCUCGCGGAACGCAGAGACAUCUCGAGAUACGGGCACUGAAGCAACGAUGAGCAGCACAACUGAGGUCGCACUGCAGAAUUCGUUAGACGGCGACGAUGCAACCGUUCCGACGGACUCCGUUGAAGUGCGUGAAUCGAUCCCAUGUCUCGAGGAUCGGCAGAGCGGCGAUGGCGGAGUAGCGAGCGAGCGCUCGGACUCCCGCACGCCGACCAGCGACGCCGCGGAGAGGCAGGCAGAACCGCUGCGCAAGAGCAGCCGCUUAGAGGCGAAGGCAGCCGAGAAGAAACAAGGAGGAGAUGCCAGUUUGCAGGAGACAGCGUCCCCCUCUAACGAUGUGAAUGCUGAUUCCAGUAAGCAAGUGAUCGCUCCUGGCGAGGUCUCUACAGCUCGCGUGCGACGGUCGUCGAAAGAGGACAGAAGCAACAGCAGCACGUCUGUUGACGUCAGUUCGUGGAUGAAACCCGUUGGGAAGGUUAUCUCUCAGGUGACGGCUGGCAGCAGAGAUCGGCCGUGCGUGAAUGGUACUGCCUGUGCGUCCUCUAGCGGAAAUCUGCUGCAGGUGAACCUAGACAGUAACGACAUUACCACUGAUAUCAUAAGCAUAUUGGACAGACACGAGUCAGUAGGGAAAAAUGGCAGUGCACACAGUGUGGAUGCACAUACUGCCGUGCCCUCGCCGGUAAAAGCAGAGAAACCAGAACCUCUACUGUUUUCAGAACUAACACACACAGCGACAAAAGAGUGUGCUAGUGCGGUGGCAGGCCAGUGCAGUGAUCAGGUCAUAGCAAAAUGUGAAAACCCCCCGCAGGUGUCGCCAUGUUUCACGAAAACGCAUGCUGUCCGAACGGAUCUGCUACAGGCAGAGAUUGAUUCUAAGACUGAUUCUAAGACUGGAUUGAUACCGAGUGGGCAAGGUCUUCAACGCCACACUGGAGAAGCUGUAACUACGAUUUCCACCGACGGUGGUGUGUGCGUGCGAAAUACUGGCCUGCUGCAGAUCAGCUCUGAUUUGCCCAGCCAAGAUACCUUGCCGAAACGAUCGCCACGGGUAAUGAACCUCGAGAAGAUGAGGAUGUGUGCGAAAACGGCAUCGUCCGCGGCAGCGAGUGAUGCUGCGCACGACAAAACGCACAAGCCUGCGUGCGAUGUUUCAGUAAACCUCGUCGAUAAAAAAGGCUCUGCUGCAAAUUCGGAAGGCAACCUUUGUUGCCGUGGUGAUUUGCAGGGAGCUGAGGUCUCCAUGGCGGUAACAGUCAGUACAGCUGCGGUCACUACUGUGGGAGCUGACAAACCAGUCACGAAGCGUGAACAGUGUGAUAUCCCAUCCACUGCUGAUGAGCAUGGCCUAGAUGCGGCAGGAUUCGUCAAAGUGCGCGGCGAUAUAAGCAAGAAGAGACCGGCCACGUUGUUGAGUGGCGGCAAUGCGAUAUCGAUCACAGCGUGUGCAGAAAAUGCUGCGGAGCGGAGCACUGUGAGUGAGAAGCCAGCAGUAUCUUCGUCAGCGGUGCAGAAGACCGGCAGAGCAGACGCUCACCCGGCCUCCCUUCCAUCGCAGACUAGCAUCGCCCAGGUGACCUCGGCCAACUCUAAGCGUGUCGUCAAGCCGUCGUACAAGGUUGCGAUCGGACUCGAGCAGCGAGAGAAAACGUCGCCAAAGUCGGUGCAGAGUCAGAGUCUUUCAGAGCUGUCGUUCUUGACGGCGCGGCGAUCCAGUUGUCCUCCGUGCAGUUCUCCCGAAGGCAGCGCGUCGCCUGCGGACAGCCCCGUGAAGAAGCUGCUGCCGCUCAGCAUCGACUUGGGUCCGCAAGCGCAUCUCAAUCGCAAGUCGAAGCUGAGAGCAAACUAUUCGGUGAAGGGACCAAAGUCGCCCCCGAGGGAAAAGGCUAGCAAGGCGUCCGGGGAGCAGGAUUCGUCGGGGCUGUCGAGCGUCGAGAGGCAAGUCGAACGUGGUUGGACGCUGGAAGCCAUUGACUCGCCGCGUAGCAGCAGCCCGGCGGAGGCGAUAAAGCGUAAAUUCAGUCGCGAAGCGGAAUCCCGCGACGCCACCGCACCGAAAAGCGUGCCAAAUACUCUCACCACGGGUGCGUGCAAGCCAAUCAGCGUCACCCUUCACGCGGACGCUCAGGACAGAUUUGUCGGCAACAAGAAUCAAGCCGACGAGGCAGAGAAGAGCGCUAACCACAAACCGAUCGACGGAAGUCCGAACUCCAAGGUCACAACGAAAGGGUUAGUUCAAGCCGAGCGUAGCGCGGUGCUUGAGUCUCCCUCGCCAAGCUCUGCAAGCUCGCAGAGCGAACAAACUCGGCCAAAGUGCCGCACGAAAACUAUCGACGUGUCAGACAAAUUCCGCGGUGCAUCUGCGGCUACCGUGCUGCCCUCUAGGGGUCGUCGCGUCGCCGUCGCGGCGAUCCGCAGUAAGCGGAUCGCGCGGAAGGCGGCUGGAGCGCGGCCGGGGGCGCGGCGACGCAUGCUCGACCAGCUCGACUGCGAGUACCUGUCUCGUCUGAAGCAGGGCGGCGCGAUCGCUCCUCGGCGCGCGCGUAUCAAGACGCUCGGCAUGUCCUACAACGAGACGGACAUCAUCAAGAAGAAGUUCAGCAGCAGCGCGGAGAAGACGGCCAAGUCGCGUGCGUCGGCUGCCGGCACGAAGGUCGGCGCGAAGGUCGUCUCGUCGCCGCCGAUGCCCCCGCGCCUCAAUAAGAAGCUCAACGUGCUCAUGGGAUGCUUUGUGACGACAGCGGGCGCGCACGGCGGCUCGUGCGACGAUGCGCGGGGCCGGGGAGAGAAUUCGGCGAGCCUUGCGGAGUCGCCCCAGAAGCUGCUCAUACUCAAUGCCUCGGAGAAGGCGGCCAAGACGAUACUGAACAAGUACAAGAAGGGCAGAGCGGGGGAAAUAUCGCUGACGGCUCCGAACGCGAACGAGGAGCCGGCAAAGAAGAAGAAGAAACUAGCAAAGGAUGCUGACGCUCAGAGAGAGAAACCCCCCACUCUGCAAUUGGCAGGGUCUGCGAAAAGGAUAAAUUUGCCUGGUUCGGCAGUUGGCAGCAAUGUGGGGAAGACAACAGGGACAGCCGGGAAUUUUGAAGGGCGUGGAGGAAGCUCCCCUCUAAAGACUUAUGGGAAACCCAGGUCACCCGCCAAGCCACAGCUGCUGUUUGUGAACUACAAGAAAGACGGUUCUACUGAGUGCAGUUACGCAACCAAGGAAGUGACACUCGCAGGCAAGGAGAUUUGUAUGUCGAUGCCGACCAAUGUGAAACCUGUGCUAAGUGAGAACACUUCUGCUGGCAUUAUCUCUACUCAGAAGCAGCCUGCGACUACGGUGCUAGCUGCAGCGAAGCCUUCUAGUUCGUCCUACGUGGGCGCAGCGGCAGAAGGAUCACUGGCUGACGACGCUCCACCAGAGAGCGCCACGGUUCUCCAUCGCGAGUGGAAGCCAAUCAUGGUGCCGAAGAACGGGAAGAUCACGGCGAAGUUUGCGAAGGGAGUGAAGGGAGAGAAGAUGGGCUCUGCGUUGGUUGUGCUCAACUCCGUGUGCAUGAGAGUCGACGACCGGCGACUCAGCACGAGACAGCAUGAGGGCGCGUACAAGUUCAAGGAGAUUGUCGUGAAGAAGUGUGACGGCUACACUCACGUGACGCUCAGCACCAGUACGCUGCUACGCAACGCCAUUAGUCCUCAGGUGUUCGAGGAAUCACCUAGCCACCUGACUGAACAGCGUGCGCCACGGCAACAGCAGAGUGUCCUGAUUUCCAGCAGCAUGAACGUGUUCUGCUCGGAUUAG